AUGAGAAAAUCCGCAAAAACUGAAAAAAACACUAUUAAGGAAGUAAAAUGUAUAACAACAUCGAAUGGAGUACCUAUUUUUAACAAAAACGCAUCUUUAACUGUUGGUCGACAUGGACCAAUGCUUAUGCAAGAUGUCGUUUAUAUGAAUGAAAUGGCCCAUUUUGUCCGAGAACGCAUUCCGGAGAGAGUUGUUCAUGCUAAAGGAGCAGGCGCACAUGGUGUUUUCACUGUAACGAACGAUAUUUCGAAAUAUUGUAAGGCAUCUUUGUUCGCUGAAGUUGGCAAACAAACCGACGUAUUUGUGCGGUUUUCAACUGUGGGUGGCGAAUUGGGUAGUGCUGAUACAUUGAGAGAUCCACGUGGAUUCGCGAUAAAAUUUUAUACGGAAGAUGGAAAUUGGGAUCUCGUUGGAAACAAUACGCCAGUAUUCUUCAUACGUGAUCCUAUACUUUUCCCGAGUUUCAUUCAUACGCAGAAAAGAAAUCCAGUGACGCAUCUCAAAGAUGCGAAUAUGGUUUGGGAUUUCUUUUCAUUACGUCCAGAAAGCACUCAUCAAAUGAUGAUCUUGUUUAGCGAUCGUGGUAUACCCGAUGGAUAUCGCUUUAUGAAUGGUUAUGGAUCACAUACAUUUAAACUUAUUAAUAAUGAAGGCAAACAAGUAUAUUGCAAACUUCAUGUUAAGAGUGCUCAAGGUAUUCGAAAUUUAACGACUGAAGAAGCGAAACGUUUGGCUAGUGAGGAUCCGGAUUAUUCAAUUCGCGAUUUAUAUGAUAGUAUAGAGGAAGGCAAUUUCCCUAAAUGGAAUUUAAUGAUUCAAGUGAUGACAUUCAAAGAAGCUGAAAGAUGUAAAUUCAAUCCAUUCGAUGUUACUAAAGUUUGGUCGCAUAAAGAUUAUCCAUUGAUUCCAGUAGGCCAAAUUGUUUUAAAUAGAAAUCCAACAAAUUAUUUUGCGUUCACUGAACAAAGUGCAUUUUCACCAUCACAUGUGGUACCUGGAAUUAAUUUUUCACCUGAUCGAAUGCUACAAGGGCGUUUAUUCGCCUAUACAGAUGCACAUUUCCAUCGACUCGGUCCCAAUUAUAUUCAGUUACCAGUUAAUUGCCCCUAUCGUUCUCAACCGCAAAACUGUCAACGUGAUGGAUUUAUGACCUUUGCAGUAAAUGAAGGUCAUGGUGCUCCUAAUUAUCAUCCAAGUAGCUUCAGUGAAAUAAAACAAUGUCCAAAAACUAAAGAAGAGAGUUGGUAUAUUGCCGGUGAUGUUGAUCGUUAUGAUGACGGUGACGAUGAUAAUUUUACUCAGCCACGAGAUUUUUGGUUAAAUGUACUUGACGACAAUGCACGAACCCGACUUGUUAAUAAUAUAGCCGAUAGUCUAAAGGAAUGCGUACUAUUUGUACAAAAUAGAACGAUCAAAAAUUUGAUGCAAGUUCACGAAAGUUUUGGCAAUGCUGUCAAAGAAAGAAUCAAAAAACUUAAUAUUUCGGUUCAAGAAUGA